AUGACGAGUAAUACUCCAAAGAGGAGGUUGCUUCGUGCCUUUAUCAGGCCAUCUCCGAGGAGAGUGUCAGGACCAACCCAAAAUGAUCGGCCAGUUUCUGCUCUUAUGGCAACGAGCUUCUUUGUCGGCGGCGAUAAUCCGCAUGUUGUGAGCUCAUUAGAAUCACAACACAGCAAUAUUGUGAGCUCUUCAACUUCAUCUUCAAACUCUUCGACGACACCAAUAGCUGCGAGUCCCAAGUCAACUAUCUCUACUGCAUCAUCCACUAAUGGACCUUCACCGUCGGCAGCCACACCUCCAUCGUAUGAUGCACAUGAUCAACGAGAUAUAUACGAGAAACCCCACGGGAAUAGCCUUGGGCAAUACCGGGUCAAGGAACCCUAUGUGCCACGAGAGCCAGAUGAGCUGAUUUUGAACAUAGGAGAUAUUAUUUUGGUGACUGGUACAUUUGGCGAUGGGUGGGGACGAGGUUAUUCUUUCGAAAGAGGGAUGGCGGGAGUCGUACCAAUGAAUCUGUUACAGUAUAUGGGUCCAGGCCAAACCGGAACACAGAAGCAUUCACCAUCACUUCGUAACAUCCCCGCUGCCUCGCCUUCUUCGCCAGCAGAGAAUCUUGAUGGUCUGGCUGAACUUUACCAAUGGCUUCAACCACCUGAUUUUAGAUUAACAAUAUUUAGACUCAAGGAGAAACGUCUAGAAUCAACUCGAGGCUGGUUACUGAAGGCACUUCGUGAAUGGGUAGCAAAUCCUUCUUCUUCCCAAGUAUACUGGCUAUCUGGAGUAGCUGGAGUAGGGAAGUCUGUCAUAGCAGGUUGUUUUGCAGAUGAACUUCGUCAAAAUCAUCAGCUGGCUGCCUAUUUCUUUUGUAAACACGAUGAAAUGGCCCGAAAUGAUCCUCUUCGCCUUAUUGCUACGUGGGCAUAUCAUUUAGCGACCUUUGAUUUGGACGUUAGAAAGGCUUUGAAGGAUUUGCUUACUGCUGAACCAAACUUUUUGCAAAACACACCAUCGAUUGGGCUUCAAUUCGAGCAGCUCAUAGUAAACCCACUAUCUCACUAUCGUGGCGAAAAGGCCGUUAUUAUACUAGAUGCUCUUGAUGAAUGCGCCACUGAAGGAUCUGCAGUCCGAGAGGAGUUCUUAAAAACUAUCGCUCGACAGUUGGCCAACAUGCCCUCAAACAUCCUAUUCUUCCUCACCAGCAGGCCACUUCCAGACAUUCGUAAAGAAUUGAUAAAACACAAACCUCACACACUUGUUUUGGGUAGUGAAGACAAUCUCAACGAUAUUAAACUGUAUGCCCUUGCCCGAAUGUCAAAACUGGAACCAUAUCUGGAUGCAGAAAAGGUCAUAACUCUGGCAGAUAGGCUUGCAGAUAUGGCUAACGGGCUAUUCAUAUGGCUAUAUUUGGCUUGUGAAGAAGUCGAGAAUAGUGAUGAUCCUAUACAGACCUUGUAUGAGCUGGAACGACGUGUUUUAGGAGAUUCAGAUGAGAAGAUGGAUGGCAUUUAUACUAGAGCUCUAGUGGGAGCCAGAAAACGUUUCCCUGAAUCAUCGCUUGACAACCAAAAUCAAUUAACAGGUCCUAAUUCAGCGCUCGAAACGCAGAAUCAGCUAAUAGGGUCUGUGAUUGUCUUGAGGGAGCAGCUGUCUCGAGACGAUCUCGCUUUUCUAUUGGAUAUGUCCAUCGAUCGUGUCAUAAUCACCUUGUCACGAAUCGAGUCCCUCCUGCAGAUAUCGAAAUCAUCGGUACAAUUAAUGCAUAAAUCCGUCGCUGACUUUUUGACCUCGCCGACUCGAUGUACUGGAGACGCUGCUGCCUUCUAUAUAGAUCUUGACAAGGCCGAGUCUUUGAUGGCCAAACAAUGUAUGACGGCCUUCCCAACUAGUCUAGAAUUCGAAAUUGUACAGUCUCAGAUCGAACGCCUCAAGGGAUCUGCUCUUCAACUUACUCCAUCUUACGUACGCUAUGCUUAUAAAUAUUGGGCUGAUCAUUUAAAUGCAGUAAAAGAUAUGAAAGAUGACUUGAAGCAAGCUCUUGCUGAUACAGUUGCUAACUUUGGUCGACCGAUGCUUAUAGUAGCAGUAGUCAAAGGUCUCCCCAAUGCCGUAAAAUAUAUAUUACAAGUCGGUGGUAGAGGUCGUCUCCUCAAACAGGCUGAAGCAGUUGGAUAUUUCUUAUCGCCGAUGCUGUUUGAAGCUACAGUAGCAGUCAUGCCUCAAGUCUGCGAGGCACUCUUAGAAUACGGAGAAGCUGAUAUUGACUGUCGAAGCAACGACUACCUUAGAACAACCCCAUUAUACAUAUGUGGGUUUCAGCAAGACUCGUUGGACUUGCUGAAAGUGUUUCUAAGAUAUGGAGCUGAUAUGGAUGCCAAGGCUACCACUGGUACUAAGGCAGAGCAGGUGGCUACUGGUGCUGCCUUACAAGUAUUAUCUGCUGAACAAGCACGUCGUCGCAUCAUAGCCGAAGAAAAGCUUAUGGAUGAAAUCAUGACUGCCACACGGAAAAAUGAUGCUAACCAUGUCAAGGAUAUGCUGAACAGUAGCACGUUGGAUCUCGAUACCAAUACCUCAAAAGACUCUGGCAAAAGCUUACUACAUAUAGCUAGUCAAUAUGGCGCUGACCAAGUCGUAGCUUUGCUUUUGGCUGCCAAGGCCAACCCCAACGCCAAAGAUCAUCUUGGAUGGACGCCACUGCACUAUGCCUGUCAGAAUGGAUCAUUUGGCAUUGUAAAGUCACUAGUAUCUGCAGGAGCCAUUCUGGAUAUAGAAGCGGAGGACGCACCGAUAAACUUUUUAUACAAGGCUACAGUACGACCAUUAGAUGUAGCAUGUAGACACGGUCAUCUCGAGAUAGUUACUUGGCUUCUCGAUGAAGGCAAACUGUUGCCUGAACCAAUGGGAAAGGACCAGGCUCAUCCUCUACUCCAUGCAGCUAUCGGUGAUAGUGUUGACGUCGCUCGACUCUUGAUAGCACGAGGAGCUCGAGUAGAUUAUCAAAGCACGAAUUUCGGAACAGCCUUGUUUGCAGCUGCCUUCUUUGGUAGUAGAAAUGUAGUGUAUUACCUUUUAGAGUUAGGAGCUGAUAUGGAGCUUGGAUGGUUUGCUCCCGGGCUAGAGCUGCCCGACGCUAUAGGUAGCCCAGAUUUAUCUCCGUUGUAUGUGGCGUGUCGUAAUGGAUAUUUAGAGAUUGUGUCGAGACUUGUCUCGAACGGGGCGAAUAAGGAAUCGAAAUCAUCGUAUUUGACGUGGUAUGGUGGUCGAUGGCUGAAAAUCCAAUGGAGCCUACUUGCAGUAGCCACCAUACAUAAACAUCCACCAGUAGUCCAAUACCUACUCGAAAACGGCUGUGACAGUGAGGAAGUAUCUCCCCAUCAUUUACCAAGUCAGAUUGGUGGUACGCCUCUCCUAGAUGCCUGCUUCUUUGGUGUCCGAGACGUGGCUAGAAUGCUGCUCUUAUCAAAAGUCAGCAUCAAGAUAACUAAUGCCACUCAAAGGACGGCCAUGCAUUUAGCAGCAUGGAGUCCAGUAGUAGGAGAUCGCAUCAAGUCUGAUAUAGUACGAAUGCUGAAGUUUCAUGGCGUAGGACUGAAUGAUGUAGAUUUGGGUGGGAAUACGCCAUUGCACUUAGCUAUUACCAUUAAGGCAUCGCAAACUGUGAGUACGUUGUUGGAGUUGGGUGCUGAUCCAAAUAUCGUAAAUGGAAAUGGAGAUACUCCUCUUCAUGAAGCUGUCAAGCAGCAAGUAAUUGGGAUUACUAAACUGUUGAUAGAGAGAAACGCUGCUACCAAUGUCGUGAAUGGGGAAGGCAUGACGCCAUUAGAUAUUGCUAAUACCCGUCUCAUACCUCAGUCUCGUCUCUUCAAUGUCAAUUAG